GAUACUUUCAUGUUACCAGCUGGUUCAAGCUUUGCCCAUUCUGUGGAUUCUUUCACCAUUCUUUUGAGUGUUGCUGUCUUGUUACCAAUUGCCUGCAAUAGCGAGCAUGAAAGAUGAGUCUAGAGAGCUUUCUCUAAAUAAAUAGACGACAAAAGUUAAAAAACAUCCCUUCUGUGGGCAUGAGACAAUGAUGGGGGCUAUCACCGACAAGCCCACUUACAGCGCAUAGCAACUGAAUAUUUUUUAGGUUUCUUUUUCGCCGUGUGACAAGCACGUGCUGCGUAAGAGACGCUCAAAAGUUGCUGUUUGUCUAACACUUUUAUUUCUUUUCUUUUCGUGUUCUAAGAAAGCUUAGUUCCUCUCUCCACUUACAAUCAAAACUUUCAAAUCUGACAAGUAGCACUCAUGCCAAUAUUUAUUUUAUUUUAUUUUUUAAUCAAAAUUCUUUCAAGAUCAUGAACUGUUUUCUACAAAGAGUGAACAAACAAACAAACAAAAAUAUCACGGAACGCGUUCUUUAAAAGUUGACACUACUUUCUAACAAUAAAUGUUUUAUUUAUCAUGUUUCCAGCCGUUAGGUGGCGAGAACUUAAGACAUAUCACAGUUUCGUGGUGUCUGCAGAGAAAUAUAUCGGAGAGGUUGAGUUAUCGGAAAUAUUAAGGAGUGAAACGGUGAAGAAGAAAAAAUUAUCAUUUCCAUCCUGAUGCGUCAAGAAAUAAUUUUUGAUCUCUGAAGAACGCUUGAUGUGUUAAGAAAAUUCGACCGUAAUUGUUUUCCUUUGUGUUGUUCAAACACGUUUGAAAAGUCUGUCACAUGACCCUGACAUGUUCGUGACAUUUAUACAACGCGUGUAAUAAUAUCAGUCCAAAGUUUCAUCUUCCGGGAAAACAAACGCAUCGUGGAGUUGAUUCAAAAUGGCAGGUGUUUGGGGCCCUUUCCUGUUUCACUAUUUGUGUUUUAUGGUGCAUUUGAUUGGAGUAACGUACUAUAUGACAGAAAUUCACCUUCCAGUUCACCAAACCUACGGAGGAAGAUUCAAAUUCUUAACUUUUAUCAACAUGCUGUUACACUUUGGGUACUUCAACAUUGCCGCUGUCACAGAAUUUCACGAGAUCAUUAAGAAGCGAAAGAGCCACAUCUUCGCGUCCGUUUGCGACCACAUGUUUGCUUGCUUUGUGUUCCCGGUCGGAACGACAGUGAGCUUGUUAUUUUGGGGUCUUUACGCUGCCGAUCCAAACUCUUGUCAAACACCAGAAGAAGCGAAACAAAUUCCCGCGUUGCAUAAUCAUUACAUGCAUACAUUCCCUUUAGUGACAAUCUUGGAACUAUGUUUUAUUCGCCACGAAUACCCGACUAAGAAGAAAGCUAUGGUUUCUGUCGUAGGAUUUGCAGCUUGUUACAUUCUCUGGGUUCUGUGGAUAGCAUUUGCAGCAGAUAUUUGGGUGUAUCCAUUUUUAGAGAAGUUAGAUGCGCUCUCUAUUGCUGCAUUUUUCGCGUUUUCUGUUGGAGUCUUCAUAUUCAUUUACCACAUUGGAGAGUGGGUGGCUCAAUGGAGAUGGGGACAAGGUGUUUCAGUGGAAAAGAAAAAACUCUAAGUAAGCUGUAAUUAAAAACAUUGUAGGGAUGAAUUUUUAAUUGCGUUAUAAAAAAGACAUGGCGUGACACACUGUACCCAAAUUAAUUGAUAUUUCUUGGAAACGAGAAGAGGGAGCGGUUUUGGAUCAUAACAGCAACCUCUGACGGAUACCUUCUCCGCUCGAAAAUGAAAAGAAAUGCUAAUACUAGAUAAAGGUCCUGUAAGUAGUUAUUGCAUUUAAUUGUCAGUACAAUUUAAGAGAAGUAAUUUUGCCAAAGAAAUGUUACAAAAAUAAAUACAUAGCAUAGAGAACAAGCCAUAGAAAGUCAUAGAUUUUACUAAUACAGGAAUCAUUGUAGCAUCUUAAAUAAAACACAGCACUUACAGUUGAAGUUCUCUUUCAAUAUGCCCCUGCUAAACAAUUGAGAGGCAGGAAGGCAUUUAAAUCUCAGUGGCUGUGGAGUGUCCACAAUUUCUAGAAAAACAUGCCCCCUGUUACCCUCAGAAGCUUUCACCAGAAGUAGUUGUCUUUCUGCCCUCCAACUGAAUUUUUUACAAAUACUAAAGGGAAACUGAUUUUAAAAGAGAUGCAUUUAUUCCUGGAACAAUUUUAAACACAUUUUCAUCUCUGUCAACAAAAAGUAUUUAUAAAAACUUAGAGCUUA